AUGUACAAAUAUAAUUUACAUUUAAUUCCAAGUGAGAGUAGAAAUAGUUGUCGCAAAUAUAUAAAAUUUUCUUUUUUCCUUCUUCAUGAGCACCUCUUGAACUUUCUCCAAAAUAGCUUCCAGUAUAACCUCCUCCAAAUUCUGACACAUUGGAUGUUACACCUUGACUCGGUUCUCCAUAAUAUUGUUCUCCAUAUCCUCCGCCUCCUCCUUGAAAUAUUUCACCAAAUCCUCCUUGAGUGACUUUUCCAUGACUUUGUCUUUCAGUUUC